AUGGCGACUUUGCUUAUGUUGCUGCUGGCACUGCUUCCUGAAAUGACAUGCAAGACUCACAUUGUGAAGUGUCAUGUCCAUGAUCCACACCCUCCACUUCACAAGUAUCACCGGUCAGGAGACCUCAUCCUUGGUGGAUUAGCUUCUCACAGCUUCAUCAUUUCCAAUGCAUUAGCCUUCACUAAAGAACCCCCACAGGCAUUGCCUGAAGAGCUUGCGUAAGGAGUUGCUCUUUCUUUUAUCUCUUUCUGUUUUUCUUAGCUUCUUUCUCUGCAUAUUGAAAGCUAGGGCAUAUGGAUUUAUAAACAUAGAAAGUAUAAAGAAUGCAAUUAAGGAUAUGUCCCUUGUUCCCCAUAGCAGGAUAAUAGAAUAUGAUAAAUAUAAAUUUCUUUCACUGACUAAUAUAGGCUUGCAUAGACUAGUUCCAUAUCUAUUUUGAAAUCUGUUGUGGUCCACCUUAACAGGGAAAGGAAUCUCAGUGAUAUGUGAUAGAUUUUGUAUUCUUCCUUUAUAUGUUCCAGAGUUUAAAAAAUGUUUUUAACACAUAAAAGGGGUUAACAGGAUUACUAAAAACAAAAGCCAACAAUUUUGUAAACUACCCUGGACUGCAUCCACAAGUGUGGUUUAAAAUACUGUACUAUUUCAUAAAGCAAACAAUGAUGAGAAUGCAAUAAUUGUGAUUUAUAAAAUGAGAGAUAUCUUUUUGAUACAGAAUGCAAUUCGUAUUUCAGAGUAGUGACUAAGAAUUACCAGCACAUCCUAGCCUUGGAAUUUGCAGUGAAGGAGAUCAAUGACAACCCUCAGAUCUUACCCAAUACCACCUUGGGCUUCCACAUAUUUGACAGCUAUUUCAUUGCAAAAGGGACCUAUCAUGCCACAAUGCUGCUAACGUCCAGCCCAGACAGAUUGGUCCCCAACUACAAAUGUGACAUCCAUCAUCAUUUGAUAGCAGUCAUUGGGGGGCUGGAUCCCCUAACCUCUCUUCAUGCUGCAAUAGUUUUGGAUAUCUAUAAAAUUCCACAGGUAUAAUGUAUACAUCUCUGUGCUGAGCAUCAUGGAUUUAAAGUUGUUGUUUUACUUUCAUGGUUGCAUUGCCUGCCAUAUUUCACCUUGUGGUGCAGAGGCCAAAAUAUGUGAACUGGUGUGGUGAAUAAAGCAUAAGCUUCAAUACCACAGCAAGACCCCUAUACACGGGAUACGAUUUUGAAUUUAUUGAUACAAUUUGGAAAAACACACACGAAAUAAAUACUUUUUAUUUGAAGAGAGACCAAUUAUGCAGGUUGAUUUUCAUUCAGUCACCAAUCUUUUGGGGGGAAAUGUACAAAAGUCUCAGGGUUGUAAACAUCAUUGCCUCACAAAUUUAAUACAAGGAGAUAGAAAUGAUGGUGAUUGAGUGGGAGUUGAAAAUGGCAGCUUUUGGAUUGUGCUUCUCAGAAAUGGAACAAAAAGUUAUGGAGCAUAAAUUCCAUCAAAGGAAAAUUUAGAUGAGAAUUCAUGGGACUAUGCUAAAAUUAACCCACAUGUGGUACUGAAUAUCUACUAGACUUUACUACAUGAGGUUGAUGUUAUGCCCACAUUGUGUUCGCAGGAAUGAAGGCAGAAGGGUGUAUGUAUGUCUUUAUGAAGGAAAUUUGCAUUUACUAAGGAUUUGUGGUGCCGUACCAUAGGAUCAACACGUGCAUGCAUAAUGUUGGCAGAAGGUUGUCUGUAUGCCUUUAUGCCGGGAGUACAAGCCCAUGUUAUAACAGAAGCUGGGAAAUCUAUUUUGACUGAAAAAGAAAGCUACAGCGAUGUUGAGUGUCCAGGGUUGAAAUACAGCAGGACACUUAUUUUCUUGGAAACAUGGUACCUUUUUUGUUCUUCUUUAUAGUGACAGUCUUCAGCCUCCAAUUUUCACUUUUAUUUGGUGUGUACGCUUAAUUGGCUACAGUAACACAAAAGACUCAAGAAGUAUUUCAGUAUUAUUUUCAGCAUCUUGUAUUGAGUGAGGGAGCAACAUGGUCCUUACUCAAAAGGUAACUUGAAAUGUUGAAUAAAAAUGACUGAAUAUAUUCAUAAAACUAUUCCUAUUCUUUCUUUUUCUUCUGCAAUCCAUUUUAGCUCAUAUAUAGUCCGGCUCCAGUCAUGGAGGAUAAAACUCCAGGCCUUUCCUUCUACCAAAUGGUCCCAAAGGAAGCCCUUCAGUAUGAGGGGAUUCUCUCCUUACUUCUGCAUUUCAGGUGGACCUGGGUUGGACUCCUUACCAUGGAUCUUGAGAACGGAGAAAGAUUUGUGCAAGCCGUGGUUCCCAUGUUUUCUUCUAGUGGCAUUUGUUUUGCCUUUAUUGAGAGAGUAUCCAAAUUAUCUCUUGUCACUGAUCUUAAAGACUUAUUACAGCAGGGUGCAAAAAUAUAUGAUAAAAUAAUGAGUAGCAAAGCCAAUGUGAUGAUCUUCUAUGGAGAAUCUUAUUCUAUGAUAUUUCUGAGAUGGCUUCCAUAUUUAUCUGAGCAAGAACAUGUGAAAAUUAACCCAAAGGGUACAGUGUGGAUAUUGACAGCCCAGGUGGAGCUGACUUCUCUCGUUUAUCAAAGGACUUGGAAUAAAGAAAUAAUCCACGGGGCUCUGUCCUUCGCAAUUCACUCCAAUGAUAUAUCAGGAUUUCAACAAUUUACUGCCGGCAGAAAACCUGCCACCUCAAAAGAAGAUUAUUUCAUCAAGGAUUUCUGGCAGCAGGCAUUUGCCUGUUCAUUUCCAGGUACAGGUGCAGAAGAUAUGGAUGGGGAUAUCUGCACCGGAGAUGAGAACGUGGGGACUCUUCCUGGGCCUUUCUUUGAAUUGAACAUGAUUGGCCACAGCUAUAGUAUCUACAUGGCUGUUUAUGCCAUGGCACAUGCCGUUCAUGACAUGAUCUCAUGGAGACUGAAAUCAAGAAUGUUAAAGGACCAAGGGCAGUUGUCAUUUCAAAAUCAACAGCCAUGGCAGGUAAUGAAGCCAAUUUUCUCUUCCAGUAGAGCACCAUAUCAUGGGUGUCAAAUAGUCCAUGACUCAUUUAAUUAAUUAUCUCCUGAUUUCUGUUUCUUUUUUAUGUUGGUUAGUGAGACUAUUGCCACUGAAUAUAUUUGUUAGACUGAUACACAUCCUCUUCUUCUGAUUUCCUUUUUCAAAUAUAGUUCCAUCAUUUCCUCAGAGGUGUAUUAUUUAAUAAUAGUGCUGGAGAUGAGGUUUCCUUUAACCAGAAUGGGGAGUUGAAAGUUGGGUUGGAUGUUAUUAAUUGGAUUGUUUCCCUAAACCAAUCCUUUCAUAAAAUUAAAAUUGGGAGGAUGGAUCCCCAGACGUCUUCGCAUCAAGUGUUCACCAUCCAUGAAGACGCUAUAACAUGGCAAAGGCGGUUUAACAAGGUAGGAAGAUAUCCAGUUUGGAAUGAACAUUGACUUCAGUACUGUUUGUAAACAUCAUUUCACUUGAGCGCAAUGAUUUUGUGAUGUAUGAAUAAUUCUUGAACUGGUCAGGGAAAUAACACUUCAUGAACUUAUUCACCACGGUAGUGUUACAGAUAAUUAUUUUUUUAAGAUUUAUUUUUUUGAGAAAUUGAUAGAUGAACUAAAUAUAUUCAUCUUUUGCUUUGAAUAUAUGUCAAAUGAUGAUCUUUGGUUGAGAGCCAAAGUUUGUCAUGCACAUUGAUUUCAUUGUAUCAGUUCAGAGCACUCCAUCUUUGAAUAUCACUUAAGAUCAUUUUCAUUCAAAACAUUCAAAAUUCCAUCAAUAAGACCAAAGUACAGUAGUACCUCGAGUUACAAACUUCGCCCCAGGAUGAGAACGGAAAUUGUGUGCCGCGUUUUGGCGGCAGAGGGAGGCCCCAUUAGCGAAAGCGGACCACUGGUUAAGAACGGACGUCCAGAACGAAUUAAGUUCAUAACCCGAGGAACCCCUGUAUAUGUAACCUUUAUUCAUUUUAUUUAUGAAAUAAUCUUCGGCAGUGUGGUUGAAACCAGCUCUAUGAAAAUGAAGGAAGUGAGAAAACCAGGUAGAAUCUCCUCUUUUGUUCCCCACCUUUCCAUCAAGUGGAAAACAUUAUUUCUUGCUUGCCUCUAUCAAACCAGAACUUCACUAUUUAGAACACUAACUCUAUCAUCUUCCUAAUGCCCAAUGAAAAAGGCAAUUACAAGCAUUUCUUUUUACUUCUUUCCUUCUCAAACAAGAAACCAAUUUAGAAUUCUUCUCCUGUCCUGUACCUUUUGGUUAAAAAAGGAAAUACAGUCAAUCUCUUUCUCUCUCUCUCUCUCUCUCUCUCUCUCACACACACACACACACACACAAAAACACACACACACACACACACACACACAGAGAGAGAGAGACAAACACAAGCUAGGGAUGGGAUGAUCUAUGCAAAUUAGCAAAGAGCAACCAUCAUAUGAAGAAUGGAUGGUUCUGAUUUGCUUAUGGUGAGCAGUCAAAAGCCGGCCCUGCAACUGCUUUUUUGUUUGUUUGUGUGCCUUUGAGGCUUCUCCUGCUUUACCUUCUAAGAGAGUAAAAGGAGCAGACAAUUGCUAUGCCUAUCAUACUUUAAGGCCUUUCCUUUCAUUGUGUCUUCCCUCUCUGCAGACAAAGUUGGAAUCUGCUGCUCGUGGUUUUUAUUACUGGAUGUUAGACAUGAACAUCUAGAAAACAUCUCAGUUACAGAAAAUUUAUUAAUGUGAUUGUGGGUGACAGGAGAGAGCCUGAACCAUCCUUGGUGAUUGGGGAGGGACUUGGAAUCUUGUCAGGUCUCUGCCCACUUUGCCAAUAAUAGGGGUCUUCUCUACAGGAACCAUAAAGAUUCCCAGCUCUAUAUUUUCUUUUGUUUCAUGGAUUAGGCAAGGCCUAUUUCUGUCUGCAGUGAGAGUUGCAGCCCUGGUUCAAGCAAGAAAAUGAAGGAGGGGGAGCCAUUUUGUUGCUACGAUUGCACUCCCUGUCCAGAAGAGAAGAUUUCAGACCAGAUGGGUAAGCAAUAUCACAUACAGAAAUAGGAAGCAGAUGGCCAGUAAUUCAGAGGAAGGGGAAUAAGCAUAAAUAUAUGCAUACAAUAUGGUUACAGGUUUUAUUCUUUUUGGGGGGGGAAUGGUAAAUCUGAGUGAUGCAGAGGGCCUUGUUGAAGAUGCAAAAAUCCAACCUGGUUUCCUUGGUGGAAUAAUUUGACCUUGUGCUGAAUGUGAGCUGAUCAGUCCGCGGCCUCCUUGCCUCAUCUUCAUCCCGUGAUCUCAGAACAGGCAAAAAGAGGGGUUGGUUUUACCUGUCUUCCUUGUAUGAGUUUCUGUGUUUAUAAACAAUCUCCUCCUUGAAGUCUCAUUCAGAUCCACAAAUGCAGCGUGGCUAAUAGUUUAUCUGCUCAACUAUAGGGAAAUUGAGAUGGGCUUGCAAGAUUAUGGCCUCUGUGGUUGAUAUUCACCUUCCCCAAUCCUGUUGUCUCGUAAUAGGAGAAAAAGGGGUUUGGCUUCUGGAAACUCUGUUUAUAUAAAAUACACAAUCACAUAUAAAAUUUUUACAUUUACACACACACACACACACACACACACACACACAUUUUCCUUCUGACAUACCCUGCCUCUCAGCCUCUGGGUUCUCACCUAGGAUCCAUACAAACUCUCAGCUCAACUAAAAAAGUCUAGCAAUGAGAAGAGUUCCUGGAAACAGUGGACAUCACCCUAGCCUCUUGUUUCUUAUGGGCAGGCACAGGGGAAUUGGUUCUUCCUCAGGCUGCCUUCCCCUGCGUCCCAUUCAGCUGCACACCCACUUCCAGGAGCAACAGGUUUGUUGAGUUUCCCAGGUGGUCCAAAGGGUGGGGAAAGGGACCUCUUCACUCGCACUGCAUUGAUUGACUGAUUGAUUGAUUGAAUGAAUCUGUACACCCCCCUAUACCCAGAGGUUUCUUUCUUUCUUUCUUUCUUUCUUUCUUUCUUUCUUUCUUUCUUUUAUUUUUCUGUACCGCUUUAUAUUUUUAAGAAAAAUCUCAAAACGCUAUACAGCUUAUUAAAUCAAUAAAACAUAAAUAAAACAAUCUGAACAAAGUCAAAUAUAGAGUAUGAAGUCAAAGAAACAUAACAGAAAACUAAAAUAUUAUCUUAAUGAUUUCAAAGAAAACAUUUCAAAGGAGGUCAACUACAGAAUACAUAUUUAACACAGCUGGGUGAAUGUGGACCCCACCUCCUAGGCCAGGUGGAAAGGGCCUUGCAGGAAGCAGCCUUCUUGCCUUCAUCACCCUCUGUCCUUUUCCCCUCCAGCUGCUGGAGGGAGAGAGAGAGAGGUGUGACAUCAUGAGAGAGCACAAUGUAUUAGUUGAGAAGCAAGUUUACAUUGUAAUUCACUUUAGAUUAAGAUUAUUUUUUUUAAUGGCAUAAAGUGUAAAGCAAAACAAAAAAGAGCAGAAUGCUUUAAUGAAAUGUCUUGAACCUUUAUGAUAAACUUCCUUGGCAGAGGAAAAUCAGGACCUGGUGUAACAUUGUCCUUGGUAAAGCACUACAUUUGAGGUUUAGUUGUAUAUAUUCAAAAAUGCCCAAAUCUCGUAGAUAAAUGAUUGCUUGGAGUCUGUUGGGAUGACAGGACUACAUAAACUUUAAUCUAUGCAAGAUUAGCAUGGAUUGUAUGGUUUGAGACACCAAUAUAAACCUCAUAACCCAUUGCUUCCUCUUCAGAUAUGAAUGACUGUUUUAAAUGUUCAGAUGAAUAUUAUCCCAACAAAAAACAGGAUCUGUGUAUUCUGAAGGAAAUCAGCUUCUUGUCUUAUGAAGAACCUUUGGGGAUCAGUUUAGCCACUUUUUCGCUUUCCUCUUCAAUCAUCACAGCUCUGGUGCUAGGGACGUUUCUGAAGCACCACAACACUCCCAUUGUCAAAGCCAACAACCGGGAUCUCACCUACAUGCUCCUCCUCUCCCUCCUGCUCUGCUUCCUUUGUGCAUUGCUAUUCAUUGGACAGCCUCAGAAGGUGACAUGUCUUCUGCGACAACCUGUUUUUGGCAUCAUCUUCUCAGUGGCUGUUUCUUGUGUGCUGGCAAAAACAAUCACAGUGAUUCUGGCUUUCAUGGCCACCAAACCAGGAUCCAGGAUGAGGAAAUGGGUGGGGAAGAGGCUGGCCAACUCCAUCGUGAUUUCCUGCUCCUUUAUUCAAGCAACCAUUUGUAUUAUGUGGUUGGCAUUUUCUCCCCCAUUCCCAGAUGUCGAUAAGCACUCAACUUAUGGAGAAAUUGUUCUAGAAUGCAAUGAGGGUUCUGUAACUAUGUUUUACUGUGUCCUGGGUUACAUGGGCUUUCUGGCUAUGGCCAGUUUCAGUGUGGCUUUCCUUGCCAGGAAGUUGCCUGACAGUUUCAAUGAAGCCAAGUUCAUCACUUUCAGCAUGUUGGUCUUUUGCAGUGUUUGGUUAUCCUUUAUUCCCUCCUACCUGAGCACUAAAGGAAAAUAUAUGGUAGCUGUGGAGAUCUUUUCUAUCUUAGCCUCCAGUGCUGGGGUGCUGGGGUGCAUCUUUUCCCCUAAAUGUUACAUCAUUGUUUUAAGGCCUGAAUUGAACGAUAAGGAACAGCUUAUAAGAAGAAAGGCUGGAUGAAUGUGUGGGUGUGUUUUGCUGUAGUCUCCAAAACCAAUGCAUAUUUGUUUUUUUGGGUGUUUAUGAAUUAUUUUCCUGGUAAAUGUGUUCUAUCUCAAUUUUCUUUGGACCUCUCUAUCUUUUAAACAUAUAUAGACACUCUCUUUCCUAAAACCCCAAACCCUUGCACUCUGUAACCAGACCUCCUUAUGUAUAUACAUGUUUCCAUAAACCUGAAUUAUUUAGAGCAAGUCAUCUUGAAACCCAUGAACCUAAAACACAUCUUGAUCAGAGUUGUGCAACUUAUACUCUAAGAGUAAGGGCUUAGAGAAUUUAGUCAAACAAUGAAUGUGCAUGGCCUGGUUAUGUAGGAAAAAUUUGCCUGGUGCCUAAAGAUAUAUAAUGACAGUAGCAAGUGAGACACCCUAGGGGGAGCACUCCACAAUCUGGGAACCACUGCAGAAAUGGCCUGUUCUCAUGUUGCCACCCUCUGGACCUCUUGUGGAGCAGGCACAGGAAGAAGGGCCUCAGAUGAUGAGCACACGGUCUGGGUCAGUACAUUUGGGGAGAGGCAGUCCUUGUGGCAUUGUGGUCCUGAGAAACUGAAGACUUUAUAGUUCAAAACCAGCACUUUUAUUUGUCCUGGAAACCAAUGGGCAGCCAGGGCAGUUGUGCCAGGAUUGGUGUUAUAUGCUCAAACUUUAUUGCACCGGUGAGCAACCUGGCCACUGAAUUCUACAACAGAUGUCGUUUCCAAACCAUCUUCAGAGGCAGCCCCACAUAUAACACAUUGCUAUAAUCUAACCUACAAGUUACCAGAGCAUAGACAGAAUAUCUCAACAGUGACUUGCUGGGUUGUCAACUCUCAUGGCUCCAGAGCUAUGGUGGGAUCCUCAUUAACUUGUGCAUGGUGCCCAGUGCCAAAUCACUGAACUGUUCCAACUGAAACAGAGAGGGCACUUCAUUAUACAACUUCUAGCAGUUGCUGAAGUGUCACCUAUUUGCCCUGGCUUUCGGCACUUGAUGCCCAUUUCUAUUAACCCCUGAUUUAUUAAAUGUUAAGUUUAAAUACUGCUUCAAUUGUUGUAAACCACCCCUGGGACCUUAGAGUGAAGGACAGAUAAUAAAUUAUGGUAAUAACAGGAACAAGCAAAACCCUUCAGAAGUUGCUGGCAGAGGCAACCUUCUGCGGACCGCGCAUCAGUGCCCUAUUUGUCUUGCCAAAGGCUCAGGGGUUCUUGUUCUGGCAUUCAGAAGCAAGAAAAGACACAAGUGGUGAAGGAGGGAUUUGAGGCUACAGAUUGAAAGGACUCAGCAGCCGGAUUGCUGCCAAUUAGGCUUUGCUCUUCUAAAAGUAAAGGAAUCACUCUGCCCUCCAACUUCAUUGAUGAACCCUCCCACCACAUUUCUGCCACAGUCCCUUUUACAAAGUGUCCCCUCCCACAACCUGCAGUAUGUGCUAUUAAGUUGCCUUCAAAUCUUCAGCAUAGUGCUCCUAAAACAUGUUUAAGUGUACAUUAACUCCAUACUAUGAUGUUGUACGUCUGAAACCUUGCUGCCUUCCUCACCAAGCCAAAGCAUCAUUUGAUGAUCAGCUAGGUGGAAGGCAUCGGGGAAUCUUCAGAUGUAACAAACAAGUUACCUUCUGCAAUUACACAGAGGAACCCCAAACUUGACUUUGCAAUUAUUUCCCUCUGUCAUUACAGCAAUGAUUAUAAUUAAUUAUGUUGCAUGCUGAAUCCCUGUGGAAUUCAAGCAGGAAAGAAAUGAAAGUUGUUAUUUAGUAAAUAUACCCAUUAGAAUGUAUAACUACUACUAGGUGGUAUUUAUAGAUUGAAAUACUGGAAUCUGUGUCCAGAAUUAUUUGUACUGAGAAUGAAGGUAGUAAUGGUGUUGCCAUUGAUACUGAUGCUGCCUCGGACAGUAUGUAAGGCUUCUGUUGCUAAAUGCAGGAUCCAGCAUCCUCAACCCUUUUUUCACCAGUAUUACCAGCAGGAAGAUCUAAUUUUGGGUGGCAUUGUUACUCAGAAUAUUGUUAAGGAAUCUCAUAUCCAGUUCUUCAAGAGGGAUCCUAUUGAGACUGAAUUUCUACCACUCAGGUAAGGAAUUAUUGUGGGUUGCCUACAAACUAAGCCACACUUUAGUCCUAUUGGUCCUAUUAUUAACUGUGUGUGUGUGUGUGUGUGUGUGUAGCUUCUGGAAAGAUCCUCUCCCUGGUCCCAACCCAGCAGAUUUCUGAUGCAGACAUGAUCGUUAUAGAUAGACAGACUUCUAUGAUCAUCCUUCAAGCAUCUAUUAACUACAUAAUUUCUGUUGUUUACAAACUUAAUAAAAGUACAAUCUAAGGUAUAACUAAAUGAAUUAUAUAUAAAACUUAUAACUAAAACUAAAAGCAGUUUAGUUUAUAACCAAACCAGUUAUAAGCCAUUCAAAUAAACAGAAAGAAUACUUUCUGAUUUGCCAUCAUAGACAUAAAAGCAUAAAUGUAAAUUAAAUUCAGCACGAAAUUAUAUUAUCCUACCUUAUGGCCCAGACCCCAGGUUCUCGAGGCUUCCCAAAACAAAACACAACAGCUGCAUCUGUCAUGACUAUCCAAGAUCUAACAAAGCAAUAUUAACAAAUGUACUUGGUUUCUACUGCUGGGGGUUAUUAUUUUUAUUUUAUUCAUUACAUUUCUAUACUGUCCCUCAUCCAAAGAUCACAGGGCGGCUUACAAUAUAUAAUUGCAAAACUAUUUUCACAAUAUGAACAUUGGGAAUUGUACUUCAAAGUCUGCCACCUUUACAUACAAUGUGUUAUGAAUUCAUACCAGAAACAUCUGGCCUUAUAUUACUUCGCUGUGUGGGUUUCAUUGUGAUUUUUGGGACUGCCUGGAAGUUCAUCAAGGACUCCUAGCACAACAUGUACAACUGUUGAAGAACCUCUAGUACUGAAUAUGAACAAUUUCAGCUCAUCUUUUCUGUGUUUCUGUAUAUCUCAGCAUGUGUGAAGUAUUAAAAUGGCACUGUCUAAUGCACUGCUUGUAAGAGAAGGGUAUAAAUUAAAAAACAAUAAGAAGCCUCUGAGUUUGUGUGUAUUCCUCUGAUUUGGAGUAAUAUCAUUAUUUUUAACCUUCUCAACUCCAGAUAUUAGCAUUUUGAGCAUAGUGUAGAUAGCAGCACAUUCUGAAAACUGAUAGGACUCUGGAUGUCUGUAUCCUUUAUGGUCCGUUAUAAGAAUUGUCUUUUAACAUACAGCAUAUGCAAAUUCAUAUAAACCUUUGUAAUUAAGAUAUACACUACACUGCCACUAGUUUUAUGAAGCGUUGUGACAAAAAAGAUGUAUAUCUCAUUAUAGAGUGGUGACUAAGAACUACCAGCACCUCCUGGCUUUGGUAUAUGCUAUAAAGGAGAUCAAUGAAAAUUCUCAGAUCUUACCAAAUAUCACCCUCGGAUUCAGUAUCUAUGACAGCUAUUUUGAAGGCAAGUGGAUCUAUCAGGCCACAAUGCAACUUAUUUCUACAAGAAACCGAUUAUUCCCCAACUACAAGUGUGAUAGCCAGGACAAUAUAAUAGCUGUUAUUGGGGCACUUUUCUCACUAGGUUCUGAGGAGAUGUCAAAUAUUUUGAGCAUCUACAAGAUUCCACAGGUAUGAUACCUGUUGAUUUCUUGUGGGAAUGUUCAGGUGUGACUAUUACUACCACUGCUGCUGCUAUUAAUUUAGGACUAGCUUCUUUACUCCUGCAUGUAUUUAGAGAAUAUGAAUGUCAGAACUGGAGUUUUGAGAUAUAUACAUUUAGUUCACUCUCCUUGUAUUUCAUGUUAGGGCAAACUAUCCUGGAUCAUAAGGCAUAAACAAGUUUAAUGUGUAGAGGAAUGCUGGGCCAAGAAGCCCAAAUGGACAAUGUUCUCCUAUUUAUUUUAGCUAUCAUUAAUACAUUUUUGUCAAGUGUAUAUCUGGUGAAGGAAAACAGAAUAGAAAUAAAACAUACAAAUUCUUGCAUAGAUGCGACUGAUAAUGAGCAACGCAGUUCUUAAAUUUCCCUUCUUGGCAGGGACACCAACUGUAGAGGACCCUGGGGCUCAGCACCCACACCACAGGGCCCCUGACGCAACUUCUGGUGCCUCGCGGAGCACCGGAAGUCAUGUCUGAUGAUGCGCGAGACCACAGAGGUGCUGUUUGAGGCUGUUUGAGUGCCAUUGGAAGUCAGGUUUCAAGACAUCAUGAAACCUCGGACAUUAUCUCUGAGGCCUCGCGAUAUCUUGGAGAUACUGUCUGAGGCCUUGCAAGACCUCAGAACCUCAGGUUCUGUAGCUAAGGGGCACAUGACGUCGUGGCGUUGUCAUCUCAGGGCACACGCGCUGGGGACCCAUAACCCAGGGACCUAGUCAGCACCCCUGCUUGUCAGUAAAGCAUGUUUGAAGUGUGUUUCUCUUGUAGUUACUCAGAAGUGUACCUGUGUAAUAGUCCAUAAAAGGAAGGGGUAGCUUGUCACUAGUGAGCAGCGAUAUUAUAUUUCCUCAGAGUAGCGCUAUGUAUGUUUUCAGACAACAUUUUCACUUGUAGCAAUGUUUGCACAUAGUGUUCUGUUCUUUUUUCUUCCAUUUUUCUCAGUCAUUCCAAGAGGGCUAGAAUUGAUCCCCAGAAUUAUGGGGGGGGGGGGGACUUUAAUCUUUCACUAAAUUACUGGGGGAGUGGAAAUUAAACACUGCACAACAAGUCAUACCUCACCAUGGCUGAGGACCACAAGGAACAUAGAGUUGGAAAGAAGCAGACAAAACGUAUUAUAUUCACCCUGCCCUCGCUAGCACUUUCAGGGUACAUUUGACUCUACCUGUAGGUGGAGGGUGAAGGUUUGUAACUGCAACUUACUUCAGGUUCAAACUGCAACUUACUUCAGUAAUUUAUUAAUAGAUUCUUUUAAGAUGUGCUCCAGUUAAAUAGGACAUUCUCUGUGCAAGUGUUCACUCUUAGGUCAAAUCAUCUUGAUUUAAUGAUGACUAUGCAUAGUCUUGGAAAUGUUUGAAUAUUCUCUUAGGUGUUGGAAUAGAUGACCCAUUGGGUCCCAUCCAAUGCUAUAAUUCUAUGAGCCCAUGAUUCUAUGACAUAAGUCUUCAGGCUCUGUAACAUCUUUUAAUUAAUUGCAUACUGCCCAGGAAGUUUAUACUGAAAUGUGUUCCAGGUUCUUUUGUUUAAGUGCAUUGUUUUGAAAAUCUGCAUGUCUCCCUGUGUCAAAAAUGUCUUUAGCUCUUGUAUGGCUCUGCUCCAGUAACAAUGGUCAACACUCUUUCCUUCUACACAAUGGUACCAAAUGAAAACCUGCAUUAUAUGGGGAUUCUCCAUCUAAUUUUCCAUUUCGGUUGGAGGUGGAUUGGGGUUUUAGCUUCAACAUAUGAGAAUGCAAAAGUAUUCGUGCAGUUCAUGAGCCCAAGGAUUUCGAAGGAGGGCAUUUGUUAUGCCUUCAUAGAAACAAUUAAUGAUUUCCCUCUUGAUGCUACUAAAGAAGCCUUCGAUAAAUGGAUAAUGGGACUGUAUGACAAAAUCAUGAGCAGCACGGCCAAUGCAAUAGUCCUAAUUGGGGAAGACGAUGUUAUUAUAUUUCUGAGAUUGUUGUUAUCUCAGUCGGAAAUGAAAGUACCCAUUCAAAAACCCAAAGGUAAAGUGUGGAUUCUAUCAGCCCAAAUGGAAUUAAAAUCAUUAAGCAAUCAAAGGACUUUGGAUAUACAAUUCUUUCAUGGUGCUUUAUCUUUAGCUAUGCAAUCCAAUGAGCUUCAGGGAUUCCAAGAAUUUCUUCAGAGAAUAAAUCCUUCCAGAGCAAAAGAAGAUGGUUUUUUGAAGGACUUUUGGGAAAAUGCAUUUGACUGUGAAUUCUCAAAUUCUUCUAUGGGAGAUGCAAAUGGGUCUAUUUGCACUGGGGAGGAGAGGCUGGAGAACCUCUCUGGGCCUUUCUUUGAAAUGAGUAUGACUGGCCACAGCUAUAGCAUCUAUAAUGCAGUCUCUGCAGUGGCUCAUGCUUUACAUGCCAUGUCUUCAUCCACAUCCUUAGCCAGAGCAGUGAUGAAGGGGAAUAGAAGACUCAUUUCAUCCCAACAGAUAUGGCAGGUAAUAUGCUCAAGAUGAGAGCUACCUGAGUAAGGGUGCUCAUUUACCUCUCAGUAAUGUUUUAAGCAGCUGGAACCUUUGUAAGUUAUGAAACUGUCCUGCCAGCCACCAUUGGAGACUGAGCUGAUUUCCGGAUGACUUGAAAUUUCUGAUAGGGCUAGGAACUCCAGCUGGAUAUUCAAAGGUUUUUUGUUAUGCAAAGAUUCAGUUCCUUGUUCUCCAGUUGCAUUGCUUUGAUACUUAUUUCUCUUUCUCUUUUCAUUCUAGCUACACCAUUUUCUAAAACAUGUCUCGUUUAACAACAGUGCUGGAGACAAGGUUUCCUUUGACCAGAAUGGGGUAAUAGUAGCAGGAUUUGAUAUUAUUAAUUGGGUCACAUUCCCAAAUCAAUCUUUUGUUAGAGUCAAAGUUGGAAAGAUGGAUCCCCAGAUACUUUCAGACCAAACAUUCAUCAUUAAUGAUGAUGCAAUUACAUGGAACACCUGGUUUAAUCAGGUAAGUCUUGAAUUUGGGUGUAUUCUCUGAACUUAAAAUGUCCACUAACAAUGGGAUGGUACACGUCUGAAGUAAGUCAUACUGGGGUUCCCAGUUCACAGGGUUGGCAGGGAUACAUCACAAUGCUAACUAUGGCCACAUUCACACUGUAUUGUUAUAGCAGACCGAAUAAAAUAAGGGUGGCAAAAAUGAUCAUCUUAUUUUCUUAUGAGCAAAAAAAGAAUACUGGACUAAAUGUGAGCUGGCCUUUAUUUAUUUCUUAGUAUAGAAAAACCACAGGAACAAAUUCUAUACAAAAACAUUGUUUUAUUGAAAUCUAGUCCCAUGCCAGCUUUUGUACAAUUCAUAAUUGAUUCUUUACACACUCACUACAUGCAAUACGAAAUCCUGUCCAUGUUUUCCAUGUAGUCAACAUUUCCUAAUGAGAUGAAAUCAUUGGAUAACAUGCUUUCUCUUGAAUUUCUCAUUUCCUAAUGAGAUGAAAUCAUUGGCUACCAUGCUUUCUCUUCAAUUUCCAGGACUCCCGCCUUUCCCCCCCCCCUCUUCUGAAGAUUAACAGUGUCUUCUUUCAUUUAUGGAUUAGGCACUACCCCUUUCUGUCUGCAAUGCCUACUGUCAACCUGGUUAUAUGAAGAAAAAGAAGGAAGGGGAGCCAUUUUGCUGUUAUGAUUGCAUUCUGUGUCCAGAAGGAAAGAUAUCUGAUAUGCAGGGUAAGUGUUAUAGUGAUAAGAAAUAGCAAACAUGGCCAGAGGCAUGCUCCACUGUGGUCUCUCCUUGCCACCACACUGCCACUUCUUUCUUACAACUCCAACCCUCUCCAGCCUCGGCAGCAACAACUUCCAACUUGCUUUUGGGUAAGCUGAAGACACAGUCAAAACUGAAGCAGGAGAGAGCAGCAGCAAUACCUUACAGAAUACCCACUUUCCACCAAGACUCUUGUCUGAAACUGAGAGGAACAUAAAUUUAAGAUCAGUACAAGGAUGCGUCUCCAGUGCUAUGUUUAUUCAGCAUUAGAUAUGUGACUUGUUAUUCAUGCGUGUUCAUGAUUUUAAUAAUCUGCUCCUUGCUUUUAGCACUUAAGCAGUGCUAAUUAAAUCAUUGAUAAAAUGUGGACUAUAAAGAUAACUAAAGCUAUCUGUAACAAUACUCAUUGUACAUGUUUUUGGCUGUUUGAGAGUUUCCUAGAGGGUAAUCAGAGCUUACACAGAUUAUUUUCUGUCAUGGCUCAGGGUCUUUCACCAUGGUUCUUCAAUGAUACUGAUACUGAAAAGGUUUCCCAUACCUUCUUUGAAAUGCAGAGUCCCGUCCUACAAGUGUAAUCAAAAGAGUGUAUCACAUUCAUACAUAUCACACUGUGACAGAUAAAAAAGAAAUUGGUUAACUGAGAUUUGUUAAUUAUUGUAGUGACUACAAUAAUAAUUGUAAUACUUGAAAUGAUGCACGUAAUAUUUGUUCCAUAUCAAGUAUUAGGAGAGAAUUAAUAUAGGGUAUUCUUGCAUGACUGAAAUCACAAUCGCUCUUUUUUUCAGAUAUGGAUGACUGCUUCAAAUGCCCAGAUGAUCAUUAUCCUCAAGUGGAUAAGACUUCUUGCAUUCCCAAAGUUUUGACCUUCUUAACGUAUGAUGAACCUCUGGGGAUUGGUUUAGCUACUUAUGCUCUUUCAUUCUCUUUGAUCACAGUUCUAGUGCUAGGAAUGUUUAUGAAGCACCACAAUACUCCUAUUGUUAUAGCCAACAACAGGAACCUCACCUACACUCUCCUCCUCUCCCUCCUGCUCUGCUUCCUUUCUGCAUUGCUAUUCAUUGGACAGCCUCAGAAGGUGACGUGUCUCCUCCGACAAACUGCUUUUGGCAUCGUCUUCUCAGUGGCUGUUUCUUGUGUGCUGGCAAAAACCGUCACUGUGGUUCUGGCUUUCAUGGCCACCAAGCCAGGAUCCACCAUAAGGAAAUGGGUGGGGAAGAGGCUGGCCAAUUCCAUUGUUGUUUCUUGCUCCCUUAUUCAAGGAAGCAUUUGCAUUGUGUGGCUGGCAAUUUCUCCUCCAUUACCAGAGGCUGACGUACACUCAGUGGCUGAAGAAAUUACCUUGGGAUGUAAUGAGGGGUCUGUGGUUAUGUUUUACUGUGUCAUUGGAUAUAUUGGCUUCCUGGCCAUUGCCAGCUUAACUGUAGCUUUCCUUGCCAGAAAGUUACCCGACACUUUCAACGAAGCCAAGUUUAUCACUUUUAGCAUGCUACUGUUUUGCAGUGUUUGGUUAUCAUUUAUCCCAACGUACUUGAGCAUUAAGGGGAAAUAUAUGGUAGCUGUGGAGAUCUUUUCUAUUUUAGCCUCCAGUACUGGGUUGUUGGGCUGCAUCUUUUCUCCCAAAUGUUACAUUAUUCUGUUGAAGCCUGAAUUGAACAAUAGAGAGCAGCUAAUAAAAAGGAAAGAUGUAAGAAUCAAAUGACUGUGUCUUCUCCUACAGUUAGUGAUCUCCAGAUAGGCUGUAUAUAAAUUGCCUCUCCAUUUCCUAAGAAGGUUGUUGUGUGUUCAUAGUUGUUACCACUGAAUAUAGCUUUAUGAAAAUAAAACACAGGUGAAUUUUAAUGAGAACUUCUUUUUUUUUACUUAGGAAAAUCUCUGAUAUGGAAAUGUGGAGAACUGUAUUUAAUAUUGGGGGAAAUGAGAAGUUGGAGUGUGUUGAGUACGAUUCUAGCUCUGGAUUGGAAGCUAGAGCUCUCGAUGAUUGAAUUCCAUCUCCUCUUCCCUCACCCUGUCCCUACCCCACCAUUCUCCUUACAUGGUGUAGAUAAUAACUGCAACACUUUGGAGGCAUUCUGUCUGGCUUUAGAGAUACUGCUUUUUAGUUCCACAUCAGCACAAUUCACUAUGAACUAAUUGAUGAGCACCUGGUGGUGUGGUUUGUAGCUGCCUUGAUUCAACCUGGAUUCAGCACAAUUGGGUUACAAAUUGCCUGAUUUGGUUCAAGAAUCAGACAAAUCAAUUAUUCAGCCCUAAUCACACAAUGAAAGAUACUGAAAAUAGUUUCUUGGCUGUCACGAAUGCCAUGUAGCUAUGAACAUGGAUUCAGCACAAAUAUUGAAGCCUUUGACAUCAGCCAGUGUAAGGCAUUAAUCUGAGUGAAAUGGGUCAGCUACAGCAAUAAACACAUAUUAUCAAGCUCAUUGAUAUUAUCAGUUCAUUAGCCAACCUAAAACGCUGAUGUGUCUUCUUCGCUGAACUGCUUUUUUCGCAAUCUUCUCAGUUACAGUUUCUUCUAUAUUGGCAAAAACUAUCACUGUGGUUCUGGCUUUCAUGGACAAGAAGCCAGGAAGCACAGUCAGAAAAUGGGUGGGGAAAACACUGUCCAACUUCAUUGUGCUUUGCUCCUCAUUCAUCCAAAUAGGCAUUUGUGCUGUGUGGUUAGCAACCUCCCUCCAUUCCCACAUAUGGACAUGCACUCAGUGACUGAAUAAAUUGUAUUAGUGUGCAACGAGGGGUCUUCCACCAUGUUUUACUGUGUCCUGGGCUAUAUGAGCUUGCUAGCCAUUGCUAGCUUUACUGUGGCUUUUCUUGCCAGGAAAUUACCUGACAGUUUCAGCGAAGCCAAAUUAUCACUUUCAGUAUGCCUGUGUUUUGCAGUGUUUGGGCAUCCUUUGUUACAGCCUACUUGAGCUCCAAGGGGAAGUACAUGGUGGCUGUGGAGAUUUUCUCUGUUUUAGCCUCCAGUAGUGGUCUUCUGGAUUGCAUCUUUUCUCCCAAACGUUAUAUUAUUAUGUUGAGGCCUGAGCUAAACACAAGGGAGCAGUUAAUUAGGAAAAGUCAAUGAAGUGUUUAGUAACUAAUUUAUGUAGUCGUUUAAACACUUUUCCAGUUGCAAUGGGUUUUUAAAAAAUCUAUAUAGAUCUGAGAAGAUCCCUGGGUAGAGUGAUGAUCCUUUGUGAGGGGAGAGUGGUAUGACAAUGACUACCAUUUCCCUGGUGCAUCACUUCUCAUAUAAUGGAUGUGUGGGUGCAGUGAUCCAUUUAUUAAUGCUAUUGGCAUCCUUCUGUCUAGGGAGACAAUGGAGUGCGCCUCGGAGGGGAGAAGUCAAAUUAUGCCGUUUUUGCUGCAUUAGCAGCACUGAAGUGACCACUUGGGGCACAAGCAUGGGCAGUGUAUAUGGAGUUGCAUGCCAAGGCUCUGGGCCCCGCAUUUCCCUUUGCUAAUAAAAACAUUGAUACAAAUAUUUAAGUUGGGGGGGGGCAAGGCCACAACUUUAUUGGUUACAGAUGUGAGAAGUUUGGCUUAGGCAUUGGGUGAAUCCAAGCUAUAUCUUGACUCCCGCUCAUCUGCAGGGAGUCCAACUAAGGGUAAACCACAAGUAGGGGGAACCCUAUGGCGUACAUAAAAUAAGGGCACCCCGAGGGGUCCCCGAUGGGGUCGUGGCAUGGCCCAGCCCACAUCUGGACAUUGGACACACCCCUGGAUCCCUUUAACAGCAUAUCCUUGAUGAGGAGGGGCAGGUGGAGGCUACAACCUCACCUCCAUCCAAACAAAGGCUUACCCAAUCCCUAACCUUACAAAGGUGUGAUGAUUGCUACCAGGCAGGUGAAAACCAAAUGGCCAAUUUGCCAAGUGAAGAAAAAUCCUACCUGGCCCCAACAAUAUUGCGGCCAACAGAUGUCCAUACCAAGGUCAUAUAUGAAGAAAGCAUAAAAAGAGUGUGGGUGCAUAGGGAGACCCAGCAAAAGGAGGCCACACCUACUACCAGAGCUGAUUGGCCAGCAAGACCUUGCUGGGUGUAGCCCUGCCCAGUGCUGGUGACAUGACCAGGGUGACGCAAGCAAGGGGCGUCAAUCUCCGCCCCAUGCCGGAUCACUAUCAGGUCCUGGAUGCCUGACCGCAAUGCCGCCCACCAGAAAAGGUGGUGCCAAGAUCACAAGCCCACCCUCCACCACUUGGAAUAUGUUUGGUACCAGCUUGGCUGUAGGAGCUGCCAGAAUGAUGCAUACAAGAUGCCAUCCACUCUGGAUUUGUGUAGGGUUUGCUGCUUAGCAUUUUCUUCUCCCAAAUAUGUCCUGCAAGGCAGUAGAGGUUUGGGAUCAGCUUUCCAUCUCCUAGAUGGACUACUUUCCCAGGUUGACGAGCCCCAUCUGCCCAUGCCAUAAUAUUCUUCUUAAGUUAUACUGAAACAUGCUCUACACAGAGCUGUCCUUGAGCAGUAUUUUGAAAAAUAAAACAGUCAAGACUCUUCUUCCCUGGCAUGUGCUUUAUGAACCAUAUAAUACAUGUCAUACUCCGUAUCCAGUUUGUUCCCUAUCACAACUCAGGUUUUUAGUUCUUAUGAAAAACCUCUUCCUUCUCUACGAGCCUGCACAAAAUUUACUAUCAUCUUGAGAUAUCAUGUUGUAUAUCCCUCCUCCAAGGGAGACAAGGUUCAUAAAAACUUGGGACAGCACCUUUUUCUGCUGUAGUUACCAAAUUAUGAAUCUCCAAAUUUAUUAAUUCAAGUGAUAAGAUUUACAUAUUAUUACUAUCCUUAUUAUAAUUAUUAUUAGUAGUAGUAUGUGUCAGUCAUGUUAACUUGCCCCGGGCAAACCAAUGUAACUUAUAAGCAAACAGGACACCACUUUUACAUGUAAUAUAAUUUUUUAUAUAUUGCCCCUUAAUGAGUCAUUGUAAAAACUGAAUGUGGGACUACAUGUAGGCCAGUAGUACUGUUGCUUGGGAAGCAGGUGAGCCAAGGAUGAGUACCCUUGCUAUUGACAACUUUAAUAGCAAAUGGCUAUUUUAGAAGAUGGUGAAUUAAAUUCAGUAUGGACCACAAAAAACCACAUUGACCUACAUAUCUGAUCUGCAACACUUUAAUUAAAAAGAAGUGUGUUUUGCUCCUCUGUUCUGAUAGAAGGCAUAUGCAAUGAAAUGUGGGCAUGUCGUAGGUGGCAUAGGAGAGGUCAAGCUACAUUGAGCAGUUUUUAAUGCAUUAUGGAUUUUUGAAGCAUUAUAUACUGAAACCUUUCAUUGGCACAAUAGGAGGUACUGGCAGACAGACGGGCAUGCAAGGACAUAAUAUUGUUGAACCCAGAUGCGGACAAUAAUGGAUUAGAUGGACCAAAGGCCUGAAGAAAACUCAAAUAUUUCUCAUCCCCACUCCCAGCAUAAGUUAUUUAAUUUUGCUAGUAUAAUUUUCAUAUUAUUGUUCUGCACUGUCCAACUAAUAGAGAGAAAACGCUUCCUUUUGGACAUGACAAUCAUGCAAUUUGAGUCCCCUGCAAUUAUUCAGUGAACUGCAAUUAUUGUCACUGUUUUCAAAAUCCACUCAAGAGUUAGACUAGCCUAGUCAAUAACAAAACGAAGGGGAAAUUCUGAGACUGAUGGAAUAAAGGGAACUCUCUCUCAUACAAUUCUGAAUAGAAAUACAGUGUUCCAUCACAUUUUAAAUUUCAGUAAGUAGGAAGCAGGGACGCAUGUUGUUCUGCUGCUAAGAAACAUUAAUCAUACUUUUACUUCUGCAGAAAAGGUAAUCUAGAUUAAGAGUGGGGGUUUUUUACUCGGAAUGGCUGCAUCGGUGGUGUUACAGCUGAUGAUUCUCCUCAUAGUGGGCAAUAGUCCUUUUGGUAAAUGUAGAAUCCAGGAUCCCUACCAUAUCCUUCACAAAUAUUUUCAACCAGGAGACAUAAUAUUUGGAGCUAUUUGUUCUCAGAGUCUCAUCCUCUCCAGUCCAAAAGACUUCAUACAUAAACCUCCACAGACGCUAUCUGAAGAGCCUGUGUAAGAAAUGCUUUUACCCUCUUUAGUAUUUUGAAUAAACAUUCACAAACUUUUUAUUGAUAAUUAUUACUUAAAUAGUUUGAGGAUCUAUACAACUGUGUAACAUGCAGAAAACAGCAUUUUAGAGAAAUCAAAGACUGGAACUGAGGGAAGUCGGGGGGGUGGGGGUGAGUGGGUUCUGUGGGGGGGAGGGAGGAAAAAGGGGGGAAAAUAUGGAUGAUAUGUUUCUAGAUAAUAUGUUUUGUUUUAAUUUUGAAUAAAAAAGUAAUUUUUAAAAAAGAAAUGUAAUAGAUGAUAUUAAUGGUAGGCAGUCAGUAAUAAGUGCACAGUACUAGGUUAUAGCAACAUUGUGGUGAAUAGUAAUAAUGAAAGAUGUGCACAGCAUGGUAGAAAUAUUUUUAUAAAAUGUGCAAAAUGCAUGUAACACUAAAUGCAAAUAUCUUUGCAGUAUAGUGACAAAGAAUUACCAGCACAUCCUGGCCUUGGUGUUUGCGGUAAAGGAGCUAAAUAAAAAUCUCAAGCUCCUACCAAAUGUGACCCUGGGAUUCAACAUUUAUGACAUCUAUUCCAGUGCUGAAUUGACCUAUCAUGCCACAAUGAAACUGCUUUCCACAAGGAAUAUAUUUAUCCCCAACUACAAAUGUGACAUCCAGGAAAAUCUGAUUUCCAUCAUUGGGGCACUGCAUUCAGAAACAUCUCACCAGAUAGCAAAUGUUUUGAGUAUCUUCAAGAUUCCUCAGGUAGAGUGCUUGUGUGAUUCAGGAAUCUACAUUUUAUGUCAUUUUCUUCUUUAUUUUCAGAUGUGUCAUAGCCAUUCAAAGACAGCAAUGGGUAUAAACAAAUAUGUUUCAUCAUUUCACUGAACAUGUUAUUCAGAGAAAUCAAAAUAAUGUUUAUCUUUAUUACAUAGUGAAUAGAAACCUUUCCUUAUAUGAGCUUUAGUAAUAUUGUUAUCAACACAUCUGAGGAGAUCAGGUCAUGUACAUGUGAAUUUUUCAUUUGAUGAUUCAGAUGGGCUUAGAAUUCUUUAUGUCUUUUAAUUUUUCUACUGUUCAUGUUGAGGGCUGUUUAUAUGUUAUUGGACUGUUAUCCUUCUUUUGCAUUGGACUACAUACUCCUCCUCUACAAUCUGUAAGAAGGAACUAUAUUGUUUGAUGAGUGACAUGACUCUAUGGCAGCUUAGUACCACAACUUUCCCUAUGGUAAGAUAAUAAUUCUGCCUACUCUCCAAAUUGACCUUUAGCUAUUGUAUGGUUCUAUGUCUUGGAGGACACUUCAAACUGAAUUUCUUUCCUCCUAUCGAAUGGUCCCAGAUGAUAUCCUCCAGUACUUGGGGAUUCUACAGUUACUCAUUCACUUCAAAUGGAUAUGGUUUGGAUUCAUUGCUGAUGACAAUGAUAAGGUAGAAAUGUUUCUGCAACACAUGCUUCCCUUAUUUUCCCAGAAGGGCAUCUGUUUAGCCUUUGUAGAAACAUGCCCUUCAAGUUUUAGUUUUGAUGAAGAUGAUGAGAACGGAGAAGUAAUGAAAAAAGGGAUUGAAACCUACAUCAGAGUCAUGAGCAGCACAGCCAAUGCAUUGGUGUUCUAUGGAGAAGCAGAUUCCAUAAUCUUUUUGAGAUGGGUACUAUUUCUACCAGAGUUGGAUGACACAAUACAAAAGCCAAAAGGUAGGAUCUGGAUUCUAACAGCACAGAUGGAGUUAAAAUCAUUUGUCCACCAACGGCAUUGGGAUAUACAAGUCCUCCAUGGUGCUUUAUCUUUUGCAAUCCACUCCAAAGAGGUUCAAGGGUUCAAGGAAUUUCUUCAGGGUAGAAAUCCUUCCAGUACAACAGAAGAUGGUUUUAUCAGAGAUUUCUGGGAACAGGCAUUUGGCUGUGUAUUCCCAAGCUCUGCUUUGGAUGAUGUGGUGGGUGAUAUUUGUACUGGAGAUGAGAGUCUGGAGAACCUUCCUGGGCCUUUUUUUGAAAUGAGCAUGACUGGUCACAGUUACAGUAUCUAUAACGCUGUCUAUGCAGUGGCCCAUGCUUUACAUGCCCUGCUUUCAUCCAGAUCCAAAUAUACAACAAUGGCAGAAGAAGAAAGAAGGGAACUUCAGAAUAUUGUACCAUGGCAGGUAAGGCCUGUGAGAAAUAUUCAAACAUAAAUGGCGUUGUCAUUAAUAACAUUUCACUACUGAUAUAUUACAUUAUUUAAUACAGGUAACAUCAUGUAGAGAAAGAAGAGUUUCAGUGUGACUUGUGACAUCCUCAUACUCAAGUUGGGGCCAAUUUGUGACACCCCAGAUUCCCCUCAGAAGAAGAUUCUGUUGAUUUGUCAUGGUGGGCGUGGGUGGGUUGGCCUAUGUGAGAAGACUGACCAAUCCGGCCCAAUAGAGGAAGAAACACUCUAGUCUUCUCUUUGGAGUGCCUUCCCUCCCUCCCUCCCUCCUUCCCUGUGCAGUAUGGACUUUGCUAAUUGCCCAUUUGGGAGCUGAGUAGAAAUUUUGCAGGAGCUCCGAAUUGGCCUGGGGGCUCCCCUUAUUCAUCUACUUCAAGCUGUUGAGAGCAACUUGCAUGGAGUGGCAAUGAGUUUUGAUUGGUUUAAUUAGCUGAUAGGCUGCCAGUAAAGACAAGUGAAGAGAUGGUAAGGCAGUAUUGGAUUAAGGGUUCUCUUUGGCCACUUUACACUGCCUUGUGUGGAAUCACUGGGAGAGGGGGGCUUUGCAUGUGUGUUAGGGUGAAUGCUGAGCUGUUGGGACUGUUGGGCACUUGUUAACUUUAAAUAUCUGAUGCUUUCGAAGCAAGGAGGUCCCUUGUUCCAAGGCCACAGGUUUCAAUUAGAAACAUGCCAGACAAAGAGAGAGGGAGGUAAGGAGGGAGAGGGAGGGAGACAUGGCUUCUCCCAUCUUAGUAACUUCGCUACCUGAACUAUAUUUUGAUUAGUAUAAUUAUGUGUGUUGGCUUGCAGAUCUUCUAAGAUGUUAUAUUGAAUAAAUAUAAUGUUUUUCCCACGACAGUCUGGAAACAUUUUCAGUGGUGUUGACAAGGUCCAGGAUAAAAAACAACAACCCAAUACAUUCCACAAUGGUAGACUAUUGUAUCUCAGAGAUAAUGGUUCAAGUUCCUUUUGUUAAGCACCUGUGUUUUCCUUUUCAAUCUAGAUCCACCACUUUCUGAAACAAGUCUCAUUUAACAACACUGCUGGGGAUGUGGUUUCUUUUGAUCAAAAUAGAGUAUUAAUAGGUGGAUUUGAUAUUGUAAACUGGGUCACAUUCCCAAACCAAUCUUUUGUUCGAGUAAAAGUUGGAAAGAUGGAUCCUGAAACCCCAAUUUCAGAGCAAGAAUUCACUGUUAAUGAAGAUGACAUUGUGUGGCACAGCUGGUUUAACCAGGUAGGACUUGGAAACAGCAGUUUCUGCAGUUUCCUUACGGAAGCACUGGGCUCAUCCACACUACCUUUUUUGUGUCAUGCUUUCAAAGGACAGGUCCAGGAUUUUGAAAUCUAUGUCUGAGUGGUUUGAUUUUGAUUUUUAUAAAAUAUUUUCAUUUUUGUCUCACUGCUUUCCCUGAGGAAACCCACUGGAAAAUAAAGUAAAAUAAAAUAAUCGCUGUCAGUAAUGCAUAUUUUUUAACAAAAUGGGCAUCCUUUUCUAAAGAUCUUCCUCUAUUCAUAAUAACAAUGACAGAUAUUUUGCAUGGCUGUCUCCCUCUAGUGCCUGUGUGUUAGCAUUCAUUGAAGGACAGUGAAAUAUUGUCACUGUAAGAGGGCUGUACUGAAAGGAAAGGAGAUACUUCCCAAUGGGUAACUUUCACACUGUAAGAGGUAACUGUGUCACUUUCUGAGUGUGCCUAUCUUCAAUUUGCUAUCUGAAUGGUGUUAAUCUUACUUAUCAAACACCUUGGUAUUAAAACCACACAAAAUUCACAUUCUCCCCUUUCACUUAUGGAUUAGGUACAGCCCCUUUCUCUAUGCAACGAUCACUGCAAUUCAGGUUAUAGCAAGAAAAAGAAGGAAGGACAGCUGUCUUGCUGUUACGACUGCAUUCUGUGUCCAGAAAAUAAGAUAUCAAAUGAGAAAGGUAAGAUUGGUUGCACACAACGUUAUCAAAUAAGUUGUACAUAAUUCAGAGAAUAAUGCAUGCAGGCCUCGACAUCAAAAAGUAAUCUCAACAGAUAAUUGGAAUAGGUGUGGGGAACCUCUGGCCCUCCAGAUAUUGCUGAACUACAAUUCCCAUCAGCCCCAGCAUUCAUGUAAAUGGCCAGGGAUGAUGAGAACUGUAGUGUAGGAACACCUGGAGGUCCAAAGGUUUCUCAUACCUACUGCAGAAUGAGACAACAGACAAUAGCAGGAUGGUUAAAACCAGGGUGGGGAAAAUGUUAAGCCCAAGGGCCACAUAUUCCUAUGAACAGAUUUUCAGGGAUGUAUCCAGAUAUAAAAGUAGAUAGAUCAAAUUAUGACUCUUGCCUUAAUACAAUAGGCUACAUUCCAGCUACAAAGAAGAUAAAUUUGUGCACCUUCACAUACCUCUCUUCCCUCUCAGUCCAGGCUAGCAAGAGGCAUUAUCGUUGUUAAAAGGCACAGUCCAUCCAGACAAAAGAGCUCUAGUAGGAUGCUGAGCUCUGUGGGGUUUGUGAGGAGUCCUGAGGUAAGGAAAGAGAUAGCUAGAGGAUUUGAGGUUCCAGUUCCAUUGGGUAAUAGCUCAACACUUAAUUUAACUAUAAUUAAAGAUUUGCAACAAGAUAACUAAUAAUCCAAUCCUAUAUGCAAGCAUAACUAAAGUUUGCACCAAUUCUGCAACACCGCAGCACUACACUGGCUUUAGAUUAUAGGUCAGUGCUUUUCACUGCUGGCCCUUAUCCAAUGCAAGCUCAGGAGGCUCCUCACUCUUCCAUCCCAUAACACUUGGGCAGCAUUUGGAAAGAAGAAGCUUCUUGAACCUUGACCCCACUCCCUAACACACUUCAAGGCAGCUAGCAAUAAGAGGAAGGUUGGGAAAACAUUAUUUCACAAUAAACUCCAAGCACCCACCUCCUCCCUAUAUGAUGUACUUGCCAAAUUUAGGUCAAAUGCACGUGACCAAAGUAAAAGAGCCAAUUACCAAAUUAAACCACCACAUCCUGCAUUAACUGUAGUCUAAUAAUGGAAAACCCCAUGGGCAUAGGUGUGGGGGGCAGCUGCCCCACCACCAAAUCUAGUAAAUAAAAACAAAUACUUAACUAACUGACCAAUUGUGUCACAGAUAACUCAGUUCUGCCUCCAAACAUAAUACCUGUCUCUCCUAAAAUAAAUCCUGGCUAUGCCUCUGGAACCCCCCCCCCAACAAAUACUUUCAGUUGCCCUUCUCCCAAAAGAUAAAUGUGUAAUCCCAAAUUGAUACAGGGGAAUGAGCAAGCAGAAAACUGUAUUGAGACUGGUACAGAAGGAACAGAUGCUCAAGAAAACCCAAUUCCAUGUCCUCCGAUAGGCUUGAUCCUUGAACAUAAUAGGGCCUAGCCAGCCAUUCAACCAUGAUACUUCUCUUGGGCUAAAUGGUGGGACAAAAUGGUCCAUGAUACAUUCAACAAGAGGAGAUAGAUCAUUCUGUAUUUGAAAUGUGUGUACAAUUUGGAAGUAACACAAUGAGCCUUACAUUGUUACAGUUUCAAAUGAUGACAUGCUAGAGGAGUUGAAGGGGCUAGGACUAAUAGGAUAAAUUAUUCUAGAUGUUCUGGGAAAUGCUUUGAAAUGUGAUAAUUCUUUUGGAAUAUGUAAUGAACCAUGGUUGUGUCAACUGUUAUGUACACACAUUUCACAACCCACAGAGAAUUGAAUGUUCAGUAAGUGUAAAAUAGUGUAUAUGUUGUAUUUAUUCAUUAUAUAGGUCACUUUAUACAAAAACAAGAUCUCAAAUCAAUCUUCUUUUUAUAAAAAACUACUUUGAUAUAAUAGAGACCACAACAUUUCUUCCUUUUUUCAGAUAUGCCUGACUGCUUUCAAUGCCAAGAAGAUCAUUAUCCAAACGAGGAUAAAAAUGCAUGCAUUCCCAAGCGUAUACAUUUCUUGUCAUAUGAGGAACCUUUGGGGAUCAUCUUAGCUACUGGUGCUCUCACAUGUUCAUUGAUCACUGCUCUAGUGCUAGGGAUUUUCAGGAAGCACCAUGACACCCCCAUUGUGAAAGCCAACAACAGAGGCCUCACCUACACUCUCCUCAUCUCCCUUCUGCUCUGCUUCCUUUGUGCUUUGAUAUUCAUUGGCCAGCCUCAGAGGGUGACGUGUCUCUUCCGGCAAACUGCCUUUGGCAUCAUCUUCUCAGUGGCUGUUUCUUGUCUGCUGUCCAAAACGGUGACUGUGGUUCUGGCUUUCAUGGCUACCAAACCAGGAUCCAGGAUGAGGAAGUGGGUGGGGAAAAGAUUGUCCACCUCCAUUGUUCUUUCUUGCUCACUUAUCCAAACAGGGCUUUGUGUUGUAUGGUGGGAAACCUCUCCCCCAUUUCCACAUACUGACACUCAUUCCAUGAAUGAUGAAAUUUUAUUAGAAUGUAAUGAGGGCUCCACUAUCAUGUUUUACUGUGUCUUGGGCUACAUGGGUUUCCUGGCACUUACCUGCUUCACUCUGGCUUUCUUUGCCAGAAAAUUACCUGACAGUUUCAAUGAGGCCAAGUUUAUCACUUUCAGCAUGUUGGUCUUUUGCAGUGUGUGGCUGUCCUUUGUUCCAACCUAUCUGAGCACCAAAGGAAAAUACAUUGUUGCUGUUGAGAUCUUCUCUAUUUUAGCUUCCAGCUCUGGGUUGCUGGGCUGCAUCUUUCUCCCCAAGUGUUACAUUAUUGUGAUGAACCCUCAGCUGAACAAUAGGGAACAACUAAUAAGAAAAAAGCCUUGAUUUUUCAUUGUGUAAUACAACAGAUGUGUUGUUCUGUGAGCUAUCCUAGUCUGUACAUGCACUAGAACUCUACAGAUGCCUAGUAAUUUAUAAAUAAUUUUAGAAGGAAGAUGUUCUUGAAAUUGUUCUCCCUUUAUAAAGAUAUCUUGAAAUUCCCUUUCUGCCACUGAAAUGAGGGCUCAACCACAGUGUUUUACUGUGCCUUGAGCUUUCCUGCGCCUUUCCUUUCCAAGAACCUCCAUGAAGCCAAGUUCACCACUUUCAGCAUGUUAUAUAUAAAAGGAAAAAAGGAAGAGCAUGAAAACUACAGACUGAUUAGUCUCUUCAGCAUCAUCAGAAAACUCUGCACAAGACAUCUACAAUGGAAACUCCUUGAUUGGAUUGCAGAAGAGCAAGCUGGCUUUAGGGAUGCUCGAUCCACUACUGAUCAGUGCUCAGUACUUCAGCACCUAAUUGAAAAGUUCUCCUCCUGUAAAACAACCUCCCUUUGCGCUGCUUUCAUAGACCUCAAAGCAACAUUUGACUCCAUAUCCAGAAAAACUGGAGGCUACCUCAAUAGACCGGCAAAUGCUUCAUCUAAUAUGUAUGUUUCAUGAAGGGACCUCACUCAAAGUAAGAUGUAACCCCCGGGGCCAUCUUACUGAUGCCAUUGAAACUGAGAAAGGUGUCAAGCAAGGCUGCAUACUGGCCCCACUCUUAUUUAAUUAUUACAUUAAUUCCAUGGUGGGCCAUCUCCACAACAUAAACAUUCACUCCCAAAAACUUGCUCGAAGACACAUCUCUGUCCUGCUGUAUGUAGAUGAUGCAACAAUACUUUCAAGAACACCUUUUGGCCUCAAAAGAGCACUGGGAACAUUAACACAAUACUGCAAGGAGGACCAGCUAGAACUCAACUAUCAGAAAACUAAGCUCAUGGCAUUUGCCAAAAGGCCUUUGAGCCGCUCUUGGAGCAUAGAUGGCCACAAGAUUGAGCAGGUCUCUUGUUUCAAAUACCUGGGGGUAGUUUUUCACUCUACCAGCGGUAGGAAAGCCCACGGGGAACAUGUUGCUGAAACUGCACAGACAAGCUCAUCUGCAAUCCUUAAAUUUCUUAAAACCAGAGGUGGCCACUAUAUACCUGCAGCACUCAAAUUCAUUGAAGCCAAAACAAUAGCACAACUUGUCUAUGGUGCCCAGCUGGGCCCCUUCUCUAUUUUUUCAUCCCUAGAAUUUGUACAAUCCAAAUUUCUAAGAUCAGCCCUUCAAGUCCCACAAUGUGUCUCUAAUGCCACCCUGAGACUAGAGAAAGGUUUCAUAAAAGUGGAGACUUCAGUUUGGGUGACCAUACUCAACUACUGGCUCAGACUAUCUUUAUUUCCCCUUGGCCUUGCCCCACUAACUAUGAACGAUGGUUUUCAAUUCACGUGGAAACAGGCUGUGGUAACCUCAGCCAGUCGCCCAAUCCCACCUGGGGAGGCGUUGCCAGGGGAUCAGCCAGAUAGGGCCCACACAACAGAGGGUGGAUCUUACCUGUGAAUCGGUUUCAGGCCUUGGGUGGAAUCUUUUAGUCUAUCUUCCCUAAAUGGGGGGGGGGAGCGUGAAGUGGUGACCCCCCCUUGCGGCGGUGAUCCCAGGGUUCCCCGUUAAAGGGGUCUUGAGGGGAGGCAUUGGUCAUAUGCCGAGAGGUUGUUAUUGCUCUCCCCUGCGACGGCAGUGAAACAGGGGGUGGGCUCUCUGCUUGAACAUAUGUUCUCCAGAGCCAGCCCAAUCCCCACACAUUUUGGAUAACCCUGAUGUCCCCCAGAUCCCCGGCUGGGGACUGGGAAGGAUAAAUGCCCAAUGCCUGAGCCAAGGUCUCCCUACAUCUGAAACUUAAUAAAGUUGUGACCAGUUUUAAUCCCAUAGCACGUUGUCUUGAGUCAUUAUUCCACUCGGGAGUCGCCUGGGGUGGAGGUGGGGACUCCACCUGUCCACGCAAUGGGCACUCAUACUGGAGUGCUCUGUAGACUGAUAUCUGUGGUCUUAGAUAUACUAGCCUUUUGUUCUCUUUCACUCUUGUAUGAUGUUCCUAACCCUUCUUUAAGACCUUCUUAGCUUCUUUUGGAUUCUUAUAUAUAUUCUGUUUUAACUUCUUUUAGUGUUUGUUUGUUUCUUUAUCUUUUUUUAUUUUAAAUGACUUUAAAAGAUUGUACCCCUCCCUCCCUAUGCUGGUCUAUGACUGUAAUAAAGUGUUGUUGUUGUUAGUAUUUUGCAGUGUUUGGUUAUCCUUCAUUGCAGCCUACCUGAAUUCUAUGGGGAAAUACAGGGUAGCUGUGGAGAUCUUCUUUAUCUUAGCCUUCAGCCUUGAGUUGCUGGCUUGCAUCUUUACUCCGAAAAUGUUACAUCAUUGUGAUCAAAACUGAGCUGUGGUUCAGUGCUUCUCAUACAGAUAAUCUGUACUUCAAUCUCUUGUUCAACCAAUGGCUGGCAGGGUGAGGAGCAACCUCAUGUGAAAUUUUUAAGAAUUACUACCUUUCUGUAAACUGUCCUGAGCUAAACUGAACAGUGGUCUAACUCAGUGUGUGACUGCUUUCUAAGUUCCGGUGACAUUACAGUAAUAUUUUAUGUGUGGGAUAGUCAUAAUAUACUGUGUUGCUCAGUCACAUAACCUUGCAACCCGGUGUAGAAAUCUACUCCCACUGUCAGGAUGAGGCAGAGCAAAAGCUCUACAGCUGAGCAUGUUUAGGGAGUGCUGUAAGUUUAUGCCACCUUAACUUACACCAAAUUGUUUUAUACCAGCUUCUUGUGUGUAGGAUUGCUCCCUCAGUGAGCCAUAACUUUAUUCUAAAUUAGUCAGAAUACACCAGAAUUUCAUAUAUUGUUCAAGUCUCAAUCCCAAUUCACUAUUUAUUUAAUUAUAUGUUUUAAAUUUUCCUUCCUUCCUUAAAGGGUGGGGAGGGAGAGAAAAGCUCGUGAUAAAUUUACCCAUAAUCUUUUUUCAAUCUGCAUUCAAUUAAGCCCUCUACUAUCAUAACCAUCAAGUGUGGAGAAAACACAUAAGGGAAGGUAGCAGGGGCAGACCAAGACAUUUUAUUGUUGAGGUGAAGAACUAAAUUGCAGCCCCCUCUCCAUUCCAACUACAUAAGGUGACUGGGGUGACAGUGGAAUCACCCUUUAACACUGCAGUAGUUUUUCCUCCACUCUGACCAACUCCAAUGGACCAACUUGGAAACUACAUUGCAAGCUAAUGAACACAUACAGUCCUGUCCUCCAACAUAUUGUCACCACUGCUUUCAUCUAGCACUGCUUACAUCUACCAAUUUGGGGAAUAGGCCAUAGUUCAGUGGUAGAGCUUCAGCUAACAAUAAUGAUGGUACCAGGUACAAAUGCUGGUAUCUGCAGGUAGGAUUCAGAGACCCCUGUUUUAAAAGGUGGAUAACCCAUGCCAGUCAGUGUAGACAAUAUGGGGCUAGGUGAACAAAUUGUCUGGCUUAGUUUAAGGCAGCUUCUCAUGUUUUUGAUUUUGGCUCCAGAUUUGGAUCCAGAUCAAUUUCUUUAACUACUAGCCCCAUUUUCUUCUUGUUACUCAAGGCUACCCCACUGAGUAGGAGAUAAUACUUUCCUUCAGAGAUGGCAAUCAUGUAUUUAUUUCACUGUUCUCCAGAGAAUACAUCUUUCAUCUGAGUCCCCUGUAAUUAGCUAACAAACUGCAAUUGAUUCUGCUGCUUGCAGAAUCCCCGAGAGCUAUAGUAGCAUAGUCAAUAACAGAACUAAUUAAAAUACUGUAACUUUGGAAUAAAUAUAACUCAGUCCCAUACAAUGCUGAACUAAGGAGCAGAAUUUGGGAGAGAUAAAGCUCCAUGAGUUUCCUGUUUGAGAUGCAAGAUCUUAAACUCCAAAAUUAUGGUGCAGGGACAUACAAGGCUUGACAUUGAAGAAACACUGAUAAUUAUGUUACAUCUGAAGACAGGGAGCAAGAUCAAUAGUAAAGAUUAGUAUUCAGGAUGCCUGCAUCAGUGGUAUUGCAUAUGCUCCUACUGUCCCAAAUAUUGGCCACUUCUGUUGUUAAAUAUGGAAUGCAGGAUCCCUUUGAUAUCCUUCACAGGUAUUAUCAGCCUGGAGACAUCAUCUUUGGAAGCAUUGGUUCUCAGAGCAUAAUCCUUUCCAGUCCAAAGGCUUUUGAUGAACAACCUCCCCAGAAGCUAUCUGAAGAACCAAUGUAA